GAUUGAGAACCUUCACACAAAAAAUGUCUGCCCAGAGACAGAUGAGGUCCUUCAGCUCCAGUGCUGAUUGGUUCUUUUUCAAGGGACCAUCCAAUCCUACCACGCACGGAAAAUCCACAGGUUUUUGUUCUUUCUGCCAGGUACAGCAGAUCCAUCAGGUCCGAGCUGUGUUGACUACCACUACUUUUCCCUUCGUCUCAGUUAUGUCUUGGAAGAAGGCUUUGCGGAUCCCCGGGGGCCUUCGGGCAGCAACUGUGACCUUGAUGCUGGCGAUGCUGAGCACCCCAGUGGCUGAGGGCAGAGACGCUCCCGAGGAUUUCGUGUACCAGUUUAAGGGCCUGUGCUACUUCACCAACGGGACGGAGCGCGUGCGAAGUGUGACCAGACACAUUUAUAACCGAGAGGAGUACGUGCGCUUCGACAGCGACUGGGGGGAGUACCGCGCGGUGACGCCGCAGGGGCGGCCUGACGCCGAGUACUGGAACAGCCAGAAGGACGUGCUGGAGAGGACCCGGGCGGAAUUGGACACGGUGUGCAUGCACAACUACGAGGUGGCGUACCGCGGGAUCUUGCAGAGGAGAGUGGAGCCCACAGUGACCAUCUCCCCGUCCAGGACAGAGGCCCUCAACCACCACAACCUGCUGGUCUGCUCGGUGACAGAUUUCUAUCCAGGCCAGAUCAAAGUCCGGUGGUUUCGGAACAAUCAGGAGGAGACAGUCGGCGUUGUGUCCACCCCCCUCAUUAGGAACGGUGACUGGACCUUCCAGAUCUUGGUGAUGCUGGAAAUGACUCCCCAGCGUGGAGACGUCUACACCUGCCACGUGGAGCACCCCAGCCUCCAGAGCCCCAUCACCGUGGAGUGGCGGGCUCAGUCUGAGUCUGCCCAGAGCAAGAUGCUGAGUGGCAUUGGAGGCUUCGUGCUGGGGCUCAUCUUCUUUGGGCUGGGCCUUAUCAUCCGUCAGAGGAGUCAGAAAGGUGAGAAACCCCAGGGGAAAAGGGGAAGAUGGGCUGCGAUCCAGAUCCUUUGUUCAGAGAUAUCCUGUCUCUAGAUGUAGCUCUUUCCUCCUGACCCUGAGAGGAAGAAGGCUGGGCUGGAGGUGGGAGGAGACAGGACAAGAUUGGAGGAGGCAUUGGAAUCUGAUUUUACUGGUUGAAAGGCUGCCCUGUCACAGAGCUGACUGAUAGAGCUUAUUCCAGGGCGUCCUUACCGUUCAUCAUUGUCUCACUGGCUCCUUUCCAAAAGCUUCCUCCAUGAAGAGGAUCAGAGCCUCGGCCUCCUUGCCUUCUAGUGACAAUUUCCUUUGUUUCAGGGGAUUUUCAAUUAAGGUGCUUAAGGCAUUGAAGAACAUGGAUGGGAAGAGAAUAUAACUCUAAUUAAGUCACGUGUCAUUUUCCUUUGGGGUGAGAGAGUAGCUGUUAGUGUAUUGAGACCUUUCUCUGCAUAACCUCCUUUUGUAGGACCUCAAGGGCCUCCACCAGCAGGUACUAUUUCAGCCAUGAUCCAGUGAUCCGGGGAGGGCACAGGUGUAAGAGGGAAGAGCAUGAGCUGAGUGGACCUGACCACAGUGGUCUCUGUUCAUGGCCUAUUUGCUGCUAUGAGGAUCAAGACUUAGGUGAGGUUGGCCAGUUUCUGGGAAUCUCCAUAGGUUGUUUCCCAGAACCAAGCCUUAACUUUGGUAGCAUCUUCUUGUGAAAUGUGGAGCCAGAACCACAGCUUAAAUGUUAGACACUAGGAUGAUGCCCACUUUGUGCCACAUUUUGGUGGCUCCUGCCUGUAGGCAUUUUCCCGUGACUGAAAGAGGCCACUAGUGGUGGAGAUUAGGUAUCCAAUUUCCUAAAAAGACUGAACCCUUCAUAUUCCCCAGAAGAAUAACAGCUAUUUCCCUACUUCCUACACAUCUGCAUCAAGCUGAAGUUCUGUGUCCUCAUGAGCUGAUUUUACCUUUUUACAGAUCUUGGAGGAGGUGAUGUAUCUUCCUUAUCACAUCAUCACCCUGGACCUCAG